CGACGCUCCAGGGCGGCCAGCGGGAGACCACGUAUCAAGUGCUGGAGUUCUAUUCGAGGAGGUGGCGGUUGGAUGUGCAGGCCACCCCGCCGGAAGUUAGUGCGGCCUGGCCCGCCCCCAUCCCGCGGCCCACGCUGGUCCACAGCGCCGGACCGCGCUCCGUGACCCGGCCGCGACGUCCCCAUCCCUUGGGUCUGGCCCUCCGCCCUCCCCAGCAGGGCCGCCCUAGCCCUGGGCGAGCCGCCCUCGAGAAGACCUGGGCACAGCCGUCUACAAAAAGCGAACGAUGGAGCAGUUGGGAUUACGAUUUGGGAUGUGGUACUGGAAAGAUGAAACCAGAACUCUUGAAUUCAGAAGUUUUACACCUGCAGUAGAAUUCAAGGAAAGAGGAAGGAGAGGCAAAGCAGUUCACUUUGCUGAAACUGAUGGUCCAGCUUCAGACAGGUUGACAGAUAAAAGGUUUGCUUUCAGAGAUGAUAAGUCACCAAAAGGCUUAGAGAGACAAAGUCAGCAGGGCAACGUCACACUCCACGAUGCUAAAUUUGUUGCUUUGCUUUUGCUACAAGAUACUGAGAUGCAGCGUAUCUGUUCCUUUACAACAUUUAUGAGGAAUAAGUAUCUUGACAAUUUCCUUAUGGCGUUGUUGUACUAUUUAUAUUAUUUCUUGGAAAAAAUCUCAUUUGAGAAGGAACCCAAAAGCUAUAUGGUGGGCCUUGUAGAGAAAAAAGAGAUGGAACUUGUUAUCAGUAAGUUAGAAGAAGCACAGAAAUACUUGGCGCAGAAGUACUGUGUCCUCAUCCUGGGCUUGGGAAUGCCUGAUAAGCAUCACAUGUGCUGUGGAAAGGAGAAAAUAUCAGAUACACAGAAAGACUGGAAAUUCUUUGAGUCCUUUUAUACCUUCUGUACGUACGUAGCCUGGAUUGUCUUCCGACGUCAGCACUUCACAGAGAUCGAGGAAGAAAUAGGGAGGCUCUUUCGUUCCAGCAUGUUCAACAUUCCUCGAAGGAAACGUGAGGAUGAAGCAUCCGGAGGGGAGAAGAAACGCAUGACUUUUGUACAGUUCAGGAGAAUGAUGGCAAGACGCCCAGCGAUUAAAAAAGCCAUCAACAUGCGCUCUCCAGUUGUGUCCACUCUGCUGCCCUCUCUCAGAGAGAAAGCUCAGAAUGUCUCUGAGAAAAAGUACCGUCACGUAGGCAUCAAAUUCCCAGCUAAGACGCAAGAGCACAAGGAAAACCUGGACUCUAUGUACAUGCCAGUAGUUGGCAUCUUGGGGGAGCCUCGGUGUCAGUUCAACCCCCAUACACUGAUCCCCCUCAAUCCAGAAGAAAACAUGAAGUCGGCUGGGAGACCUUCUUCCCUGUUAGAAAGAAAGAACGUGCGGAUUCAGGAUACACUGGAUUUAGUCAUGAGAAAACUGUCUUCUUAAACCACAUCCCCUAAAUAAUCUGGUACAUUCCAUUUCUAUAAUUAAGCUCCUGUAUUUGAAGUAAACUACUUUGACUUAAUCACUUUGUAUAGGACUAGUGUUUAUUAUUAAACUUUAAAAAUUGUUCAAGUUAUUUUGUCACAAGUUCAGCAACAGACGAUUAAAGAAUUCCAGAAAGCUUUUGAAUGGCUCAUUUUCCUAUAUUUAAUAGUUUUCUUUGUUAUUUACUUACUUCCUUGGCUUUUAUGUGACCCUUUAGAGUAAUGUAUUAGGACAUCUAGCUAGUGAUCUAAGUUGACUAGUGAAGAAACAUUCUGUUUAUUCAUUUCUAAGUUCCUUUAGUUUUAUGAGAGACUGUCUUUGGUACAUUUGAAGACAAAUUUUCAUAAAAAGGCAAAUUAAAAUAUUUUUAACAUCUCUUUCCAUGGCUAUAUUAUUAUCAGCAUUGGGAUAUAAAGUACGUAUGAUUCAUUUCAAAGCCUUUUUUGCAUAUAUAUGUCAUUUAUUUUUUUCAUCUAUUCACUUAACAGCAAAUACAUUUCAAGCCCCUGGUCUAUCCAAAGUCUUGUGCUGGGUUAUAUAAGGAAAAUAGAUUAUCAAGAUGGAGCCCACAUCCUCUAGUCUGCGUAGGAGAGAAGAGAGGUAAAACACAUGACUGGGGAGUUCCCAUUGUGGCCCACUGGUGACAAACCCAACUGGUAAUCAUGAGGACACGGGUUCAAUCCCUGGCCUCACUCAGUGAGUUAAGGAUCUGGCGUUGCUGUGAGCUGUGGUGUAGGUCACAGACAUGGCUCAGAUCCUGCAUUGCUCUGGCUGUGGUGUAGGCUGGCAGCUGCAGCUCCGAUUGGACACCUAGCCUAGGAACUUCCGUAUGCCGCAGGUGUGGCCCUAAAAAGCAAAAAACACCCAACCAAACAAAAACCCAAAAAACAGCAACAAAAACCACAUGACUGCCAACAAUACAACUUUGAACAUGGUAGAGGCCAUUAAAGAGGUCGUCCCAAGUGCCCUCUGAGGACAGAUCAGGAGUGUUCAGAUUUGAAUCUGGCCUUUGCAGGACUGGUGGCACUAAAGGACCUACAGUCAGAGGAGGACCAUGUGCAAAGGCACAAAGAUGACAGGGCAUACCCUGUGACUGAGGAAGGCAAGGGCACAGGCGUGCAAAGGGGAGCGGAAGAGCAGGCUGCAAGUUCAGCCGCACCCGGCACACCCUGCCAGGGAGUGAGUUAUAUGUUAUUUGGGGGGCAGUGAAGAUUAGGACCUGAUGAAACCACUUCACUGGCUGCUGAUUAUAUAAUAUUAUCAUUGAAAAAGUUCAGGAGUUCCCUGGUGGCCUAGUGGUUAAGGAUAUGGCAUGUGGCAUUGUCACUGCUGUGGCUUGGAUUUGAUCCCUGGCCUGGGAAUUUCUGCAUGCCUUGGGUACUGCAAAAACAAACAAACAACAAAACCCAACACCUCCUAUAGGAGUGUUUUCCUAUAGGAGUUUCACCAACUGAAACAACUGGCCUGAAUUUACUGUUCUGUGGCCACAGGUUUAUCUUCAAACUUUGGAAAUCCUCUUUUUAGCAUUUAGCUGAAAGUUUAUUUCACAGAAAAAACUAGAUGCUUUUUCCCAGAUUUAAUAUCAAGAGCAGAGGAUUCCCUAUGGAUCAUGUGGGGCAGCUUCUGUGCAGCAUGGCCCUGUCUUGUCUUUGAUUCUUUAUUAUCCAGAUCAAUUCCUGUUACACCUAUUAAAACUGCAGUGUUGUUCUUGUUUUAAAAUCAGACCCCUGGACUAUGAACUAACCCUUUUUUAUUUAACUGUAGAGCACAGGGAACUACAUUGACUAUCUUGUAAUAAACAAAUAAUAAUGGAAACAAAUAU